AUGAUGGAUGACUUCUGUGCCCCCCAAUGGGUAGAUUUAACACGUAGUCCCCAAAUUCCUUCUGACAGCUACUUUGAAGUUGAACAUGAAGUGCAUAAACCUCAAAUGCAUUUAAAUAUAAUGACAGACUUACCUGAAUUGUGUAAGGAUGAAAGUAAAAAUACGGAUUCAGUCACAGAUGUUAAAUUUGAUGAUAGUUUAGAACCAAAAACUCCUACAUGUACUAACAUAGCGUACUUUGUACUUCAUGACAAUAAAAAACAUCUAGUACAGAAAACAGAAAAAGAAAAUCAAUUGAACAAGGCAAUGAAUGACUUGAAGCUUGAUGAAAAAUAUAAUAAAAUUCAUCAAACAUGGAAUAUAUCAGUAACUGACCUAACUUCUGCAUUUAAAGUUUCAACAACAGAGCAAAAAGGUAAAAUAACUAUACCUGAAAAAGCUAAAAAGAAUAUUCAUAUGUCAGGAACAAAGAAUGCUAUUGUUGGUAAGUUUUCAUUGGAAAAUAUUUAGAUCAAUGAUAUUAAAAAGGGAAAGAAUAUUAAAAAUGAGUCAAUAGAAAAGUCAGAAAGUCUUAAUUAUUCAGAAGAUAAUCUACCAGGGAAAAUAUUAAUGUAUAAUAUUGUAUCAAUUUCAGGAAAACAGUCUAAUACACACAGACUAAAGCAAUGCUUAUUAGGCAAGUCACAACCCAAAGUACUAACAUGUCAAUAUCGCAGAAAAAGUUUUAUAAAAGAUCGUAAAUCAAAUCAAUUUGUGAGUUUGUCAGAGAUGAUUUCUAAGUUUCAAAAUGAAACACCUGAAAGAUUCCGUACUAUAAGCAACAAAGACAUGAAGUCUGGACCCUUAAUAAAAUUCAAACGAUCUCCAUUGAAAUUAACUUAUCCAAUUUCUCCUGCAUUGAGAUGUAAACAAAGAAUAAGACAAUCAACCAUUUUGAGUCAACAGGAGCGAGAAAAGUUGGAGCUGGAAAAAAUGAAAAAGCAUCAAGUAAAAGCAAAUCCUGUGCCAGUUAAUAUUUUGAAAGGUCCAUCAGUAUUGAAAAAGGUAGCCAAGAAACCAGCAACAAUUACAGAGGAGUUCCGUUUGACUCAAUCUAAGAAAAUAUGCCACACAACAGGUUCACAAAACUCUCAGCCCAAUUUGAAUGGCAUUAAAGACAAACGAGUUAUACCAAUUAUACGUUCUAUGAGUGCUUCGAAUGUUAUCAGAAAGGAACAUGCAAGUACAGAAUCUGUUGUAGAAAAUAUAAAGUCAAUGAGUUGCAGUUUUGAAGCAAGAAGCAAAGAGUUUCAAAUUAAGAAAGAGAAAAAAUUAAAAAACCUACAUAUUCAGGAAACAAAUAAAGUUAAGAUAGAGUUUCGUGCAAGACCUGCAUCAAAAUUUUCAAAACCAACAAAUACAAUUAAAGAGCAAAAUACACAAAAAAGAGUAGUUGUUCUAUGCCCCUUCAGUUUUGAGGAAAGAAAUAAAUUUCUUGCAAACAAAAUGGAAGAACGCGUGAAACAAAUGCGGGAAAUGAAUAAAGAAAGUCGAGUAUUUCAUGCUAAUCCUGUACCAAGCUUUAAAAAUAUUGUAGUUCAUAGUUUAUCUAAAGAGAACUUAAAGAAGAAUGGAAAUGAUACAAAGGAACUUGGAAAUAAACAAAUAAAUAUGCCCAGUAACCAAAAAAAUAAACAGCUUAAUAUAAAGAACAACACUGAGAUAAUUCUAGUGGAUAAAAAAAAGGUAAAAACAAAACAUCAUACUGUAGACUCCAAAUCUGACAAAAAACAAACUAAAACUAAUGUAAACUCGGUAAAUACUAAUUAUGAGAAACUAAAUACUCAAAAAAAGGUUGCCAAUUUUGAAUUAAAUACAAAGAAACAAGCCAAGGAAAGAAACGAAUACAAUGAUAAAAUAAGGAAAGAUGAACAUGAAUUGGAAGUAAAGAGAUUAGAGGAGGAAAAAAAGAGAUUACUACAACAAAAAUUGGAAAGGACAGAGCUGCGUAAAAUGACAAUAUUUAAGGCUAGACCAAUGCCAGUGUACAAACCUCUGGUUGUAAUGAAAUCAACCAAGCCUCCAACCAGCCCACGAAGUCCUGCAUUAGGACUUAGAACCAAAGCAAAAAGUAUUUCUUAAUUUUAGUA